AUGUCUCCUUCUGAUAUCUUUGACCCAGCAGCAUUGAUCUCUCUGCUGCCAACCCUAUUGCCAUCGUCUUCGAAAUCACUUUCUUCUCCUCAAGAUGCAAUUUCAGCCCUUAUACACACUGCUCUAACCGUCUUGGCAUUUCGAUUGAUAUCUGUAGACGACGACGACUCUGCCACACUCACCGCCAACUCUCUUCCGCCUCAAUGGAAUAAGGGUGGCCCAGGACAUUACACCUUCAAGUAUAAACAUGACCAGAGUAGUCUUGAUUUUGUCAUCAAGAUAUCCAAACUCGGCCCGCGCACAGUCGUGAAUGCGAUUGCUUUCCAGAGCGACAAGGUUGCGACUCUGGACUUUUCUAUUGAUGAGUUUACAUCGCCGUCUUUCUAUCCGCAUGACAUCGAUGUAGCAAACGGGCAACCUCUUGUGCACGGGUUCAUAUCAUCCACCCGUGUUAAAGAUUUGAUGUCACUACUCAAACUCAACAUUAUACAAAAAUUAAUGCCUAGCCUGCAAAAGGAGGGUUACAUGGAAGAGAUAUCCGGUAGUUCUAGCUCCACAUCAAACAAUCCACCUCCCGCACGUCCAGUCAACCCUCCGUAUACGCCGUACCAGCCACCCCCUCCUACACGCCCCGCCCAUAAUCCGUUAGAGAUUGGCCGGCGGGAUUUGGAUCCAUUUCCAAUCAACCCAUUUGCGCCGCCUCCCCUUUUUCCGCCUGGCAGUGGCGAUGGUAUGCUUGUAGGGCCUAAUCAUCCAAUCUUCGGUAUGAACAGGGAUCGUCGACCGAAUCAAGGGCCCUGGGGUGGCGACGGAUUCCUGCCACCUCUUGGUGCACCCCCCGGGGCAAGAUUUGAUCCUGUCGGUCCUGACUUUUUCCCCGACAGAAGUGGACUUGGACCUCUUGGUGGUGGAAGAGGCGGCCGGUUUGGGGGUGGCAACACGCAAGGGCCAGACAAUGACGAGUUUAUGCCUCCCGGUUCGGGUGAUAUGUACAUGUAA